GGCUCAGAUUAGCCCCAAGGAAGGGUGGCAAGUUUACAGCUCAGCCCAGGAUCCUGACGGCCGAUGCAUUUGCACUGUUGUUGCGCCCGAACAAAACCUGUGUUCAAGAGAUGCCAAAAGCAGGCAGCUUAGACAGCUGCUGGAGAAGGUUCAGAAUAUGUCCCAGUCUAUUGAAGUUUUAAAUCUACGGACUCAGAGGGAUUUCCAGUAUGUUUUAAAAAUGGAAACACAAAUGAAAGGGCUGAAGGCCAAGUUUCGGCAAAUUGAAGAUGAUCGGAAGACAUUAAUGACAAAGCACUUUCAAGAGCUGAAGGAAAAGAUGGAUGAGCUCCUGCCGCUGAUCCCAGUCCUGGAACAAUACAAAACUGAUGCCAAACUCAUCACCCAGUUCAAGGAGGAAAUCAGGAACCUGUCUGCUGUUCUCACUGGGAUUCAGGAGGAAAUCGGUGCCUACGACUACGAUGAGCUGCACCAGCGGGUGCUCAGUUUGGAAACGAGGCUUCGAGACUGCAUGAAAAAACUCACAUGUGGCAAAUUGAUGAAAAUCACAGGCCCCAUUACAGUCAAGAUAUCUGGAACUCGAUUUGGAGCCUGGAUGACAGAUCCAUUAGCAUCAGAGAAAAAUAACCGAGUCUGGUACAUGGACAGCUACACCAACAAUAAAAUAGUCCGCGAAUACAAGUCAAUGGCCGAGUUUGUGAGCGGGGCCGAGUCAAGGACAUACAACCUUCCCUUCAAGUGGGCAGGCACCAACCACGUGGUGUACAACGGCUCGCUCUAUUUCAACAAGUACCAGAGCAACAUCAUCAUCAAGUACAGCUUCGACACGGGGCGGGUGCUGGCGCAGCGCAGCCUCGAGUACGCCGGCUUCCACAACGUCUACCCCUACACGUGGGGCGGCUUCUCCGACAUCGACCUCAUGGCCGACGAGAUCGGCCUGUGGGCCGUCUACGCCACCAACCAGAACGCGGGCAACAUCGUCAUCAGCCAGCUCAACCCCGACACGCUCGAGGUGCUGAAGAGCUGGAGCACGGGCUACCCCAAGAGAAGCGCCGGAGAGUCCUUCAUGAUCUGCGGCACCUUGUACGUUACUAACUCGCACCUAACGGGAGCCAAGGUCUACUACUCCUAUUCCACCAAAACCUCCACGUACGAGUACACAGACAUUCCCUUCCAUAACCAGUAUUUUCAUAUAUCCAUGCUUGACUACAACGCAAGAGAUAGAGCUCUCUAUGCCUGGAAUAAUGGACAUCAAGUCCUGUUCAAUGUCACUCUUUUCCACGUCAUUAAGACUGAGGAUGACACAUAAUUUUCUUCCCCUCUCCUCAUCCCAGUUCAGAACAUGUCAUUUGUGAUAACUCUAGAGCAUCCAUCUCUCUAGGUUUCUUUUAAUUUCCUUUUCUUUUUAAUUCAUUAAAGGAAAACAUCUUCAGCCAUACAAUGCAUUUCUAACAUGGCUGAGCCUGUCAAAAAAGACCUGUUGGAAAUAAAAGCAUCUUAACUCGCGAUUCUACAAGGUCCGCCAAGGCCUCGUCAUGAAAAGCACUAAGGAGAGUUAAAGUGGCUAAAGACAUAGUUUUAAAGAUUAUGACCUGCCUUAUAUUAGAGUCAGAGACUAAUGGUGGCUUAAAUGCAUGAAUGUCUUUUUUACCUCAUC